AUGGCCACUUCCCCUCUCAAGGUUGCUAUCUUGAUUGUAUCAACGACGGCAUCCAAGAACCCAGCCUCAGACAAAUCCGAGUUGGUCCUGAGAGAUGUCAUAGAAGCCGAAGGUGGAAGCCAGUGGGAGGUCGUCGAGACCAAGAUCGUGUCAGACCAUGUCCCUCAAAUUCAGCGUCAGAUCAUGCUCUGGGCCGAUCUCGGUGCCGAUGCUGUCAACCUCAUCGUAACCACUGGCGGGACAGGUUUCGCUGUGACGGACCAUACACCUGAGGCCGUCGGUGCUUUGCUGCACAGACAGGCUCCCGGCAUAGUCCACGGCAUGCUGGCCACAUCGCUGGCGGUGACACCUUUUGCCGUGAUGUCUCGACCCGUCGCUGGUGUGAGGCACAGCACCGUUAUCGUAACUUUGCCAGGCUCGCCAAAGGGCGCCAAAGAGAAUCUGCAGGCCAUCCUGAGGACGCUCCCACAUGCCUGUCUUCAGGCUGCAGGCGUAGACUCCAGAGCCCUGCACUCAGGUGGCGUCAAAAAGCUGGAAGCCGAUGCAGGUAUCAGUGCCGGUCAAUCAGCCAGCUCACAGUCUCACGGAAACAAUCAUUCUCAUAACCACGGUCAUGGCCAUAGCCACAGCCACGACCAUGGUCACAAUCACAACCACGGUCACGGCGGCUUGGUCAGACAUACCGGAAACCAGCCGGUAGUUUCGAACGACCCGAGCCUGGGACCUACCCGACGGUAUCGAGAGUCGCCCUACCCUAUGUUGGCGGUAGAAGACGCCCUGGUUAUCAUUGAACAGCUCACGCCGGAAGCCGACAUCGUUUCUCGCAAGGUGGAUGCUGGCCUCAUCAACGCAGUGUUGGCAGAAGACGUAACGGCCAACGAAAACGUGCCCGCUUUCCGUGCCAGCAUUGUUGAUGGCUAUGCUGUUAUCGUUCCCAAAGACGGUAACAUGAAAGGCGUGUACCCGGUGACUGCGGUGUCGCAUGCUGCCCCGAGCGAGAUCGGCACCCUCAAGGAGGGCGAAAUUGCGCGCAUCACUACGGGGGCUCCUCUGCCACCCGGGGCCACGUCUGUCAUCAUGGUCGAGGACACUCUGCUCAAAACUAAGACAGAUGACGGCAAAGAGGAGAAGGAGGUGGAGAUUCUUGCAGACGGAGUGAAGCCUGGCGAGAACAUUCGUGAAGUCGGCAGCGACAUCAAGAGGUCAGACACUAUUCUCCGCAAGGGCGAACAGAUUUCUGGCAUUGGCGGCGAGAUUGCCUUUUGGCUGCCGUUGGCGUGGCCUCGAUCAAGACCUACAGAAGGCCCGUUGUGGGUGUUUUGUCCACUGGCGACGAGAUUGUCGAACAUGACCGAGAAGGCGAGCUUCGUCUCGGCGAAGUCCGCGACACGAAUCGCGUCACCCUUUUGGCGGCUGCCAAAGAGCGAGGCUUUGAAGCCAUCGACCUCGGGAUCGCACGCGAUCGGCCUGCGAUCUCUCGGCGGCACCAUCCAUUUCGGCCGAGUGGACAUGAAGCCCGGUAAACCGACCACAUUUGCGACUGUUCCGGUCAAGACCAACGCCGGCGAAAGAAUCUCAAAGCCGGUUUUCGCCUUGCCGGGAAACCCUGCAAGCGCGCUUGUGACCUUCAAUCUGUUCGUGCUGCCUGCACUGCACAAGCUGGCUGGUGUGGAACCUAGGAGCCUGUCCAAGGUGCCCGUGGUGCUGGCCCAUGAUUUCGCCUUGGACAAGGGGCGACCCGAGUACCAUCGUGCUGUCGUCACUAUUGGGAAGGACGGAAUUCUGCACGCCAAUAGCACAGGAGGACAGCGAAGCUCGCGCGUGGGCAGCCUUCGGUCUGCCAACGCUCUACUAUGUCUGCCGAAGGGCAACGGGCCUCUCAAGAAGGGGGCUCAGGUGCAUGCGCUGUUGAUGGGUGGUGUACAAGCCGAUAUCUGA